UCGUCAAAUACAACCCACAGAUCCAUCGAAUACAACCCACAGUCGAAAAUCGAUUAAAAAUUUUGUAAACAUGGAUUUUUUACAGGAGCCCUCACUUUACACCGUCAAGGGAAUGUGCAUUUUGGAUAACGAUGGUAAUCGGAUCCUUGCCAAAUAUUACGACAAAACGCUUUUUCCGACAAUUAAGGAGCAAAAAGCCUACGAGAAGAAUUUGUUCAACAAGACACAUCGAGCAAAUGCCGAAAUUAUCAUGUUAGAUGGGCUGACAGUCGUUUACAAGAGCAACGUUGAUCUCUUUUUCUACGUUAUGGGAUCCACGCAAGAGAAUGAACUCAUUUUGUUGUCCGUUCUGAACUGCUUGUUCGAUUCCAUUAGCUUGAUUCUGAAGAAAAAUGUCGAAAAACGUGCGUUGUUGGAUAAUUUGGACAUUUGCAUGUUGGCUUUUGAUGAAAUUUGUCAUGAGGGAAUAAUUUUGGAUGCCGAUCCAUCAAGCGUGGCAAAACGCGUGGAUUUACGCAACGACGACAUUCCAAUCGGAGAACAGACAGUUGCUCAGGUUCUGCAAUCGGCGCGCGAGCAACUCAAGUGGUCGUUACUUAAGUAAAUUUCUGUCAUUUCCAACUUUAUUUUAAAAAUUUAUUAUUAUUAUCGAAAUAAAUCUCGUAUUAUCCGCAAAAA